AUGUUUGUUUUAUUUGAAAGUUUAUCAGUUUCGAGAACUCAAUUUCUCAAGCCAUCACCAACAAGAUAUAAGUGGGAUGAUACAGUACUAUUAUAUGCUGGACCUCUGAGAUCGCCAACAAACUUGAUUUCUUACGAUUAUACUUAUAACGAUCUAUUUCCGCAGACAAAAAUGAUAGAGGAGAAAACUACUAUUUUAGAUCCCCUUAUGGGAAGAUCAUUCAUGAAAAUUCCUUUCAAUUUAACACUCGGAAAUAAUGAAAGAUGCAAAACAUUUUCCAAAAUGGAAAUCAACCAAUCUAAAUAUUCAUAUUACUACUACCUCAUUGAAAACAACUAUGAGAAAUCACUAAUUAUUGAUAAUUUACCAUUUUUAUCAAGAAAUUCCAAGAAUGUUUCUGUUCCUAAUUAUGCAAUUGGCUACAUUGGUGUUUUAGAUUCAAAGAAUUUCGUUGAUUCCAAAGAAAUCCAUUUAAUUAAUCAUUUUGAUUUUACAAUUGUACUGAACCCCGAAUCCAACAAGACAUAUACCAUUGCAGAAGCAUAUCUUAAACCUUAUAUUAUUGAUCCUUGCUCUAAAAACAAUCCUUCCGCACUUGCAGAUAUGAAAGAAGAUAUAGUUUCAUAUUCUGUCGAAUGGAUUAUACAGGAAAAGGCUCCACAUAAUAGAUAUUACAAUGUUUAUUCCAAUUCUCGCACAAUUUCAGGCUACAAAUCUCAUAAUUAUAUUUUCUUAAUAGAGUUCUUUAUUAUUGUUUUCUUCCCAUUCUUGUUCACAUACAUUAUCAAAUACGAUGUUUACUUCUACAAAAAUGUCUUUUCUACCCUCGACGAAGAAGUUGCUGGUUGGGAAGUGAUUUCAGGCGAUGUCUUCCGUAUUCCAGACGAGAUAACAAACUACUCAUAUUUCAUUGCCCCUGGAAUUCGAUUUGGCCUUGAUUUCCUUUUAAUUUUCUCGAUAUGUAUUUUUAAUGUUGUUACACCUGCAAAUACAGAUCUGUUUUGGUUACUAUUGUUAAUAAUCGACUUCAUAUCAUCGUUUAUUGGUGGUUUUGUCUCAGGAGCGCACUUCAAACAGUUCAAUGGAAAAGAUUCUGACAUUUUCCAUAUUUAUGUUUCAUCUGUUCCAUCAGUAAUUGUUUUUAUCCCUAUAUUACUCAUGAAUUUGAUAUUUACAGCUGAACAUGCAACAUCAUCUAUCCAAAUGUCGUUGUUUUUGUUUGGAUCGUUAUUUAUUGUUAUUAUUUCUGGCUGUUUCAUGUAUGUAGGAAGUAUUUUUGGCUUCAAAGUUAAGAGACAAGAAUAUCCUCAAAGAAUUAAUUUAAUUCCAAGACAAAUUCCUCAUUCAAAGCUUAAGUAUAUUAUAUUUGUUUGUGGCGGAUUCCUUAUUGCUCUUUCUUUGUAUGUUUACCAAUCUUCAGUCAAAUCUGCAAUAUUCUGUGAUUUGUCGUUAUUCAAACUCUUCCCAGACCUUGCAGAAAUGGCAUUUGUUUUGAUUUGCUCAUCAAUGGUCGUUACUGUUCUUUCUGUUUAUUUAAUUUUGAAAUGUGAAGAUUAUUGGUGGUGGAAGUUCUCAAUGUACACGUCAUUACUUAGUGGUUUAUUCUAUAUUAUGUUUGAUAUGUACUUCUUCUUCAGAAAGAUGUUGAAACUGUCUUUUUCAACAAAAUUAUUGUUCUUGAUAAUUACUUUCUCUUCUGGCGCCUUAGUAUCUGUUAUUUCGGCCGCUUUCGGAUUUAUUGCAUCGUAUUUUGCCAUAAAAUAUAUGUACACACAGUUUGAUGGCAAAUAA